CUCAGUUGCACAAAAACACACAAGGUUUCUACAAUUCUCAAGUUCUCUUCUUUUUUUCUUAUGUACUUCAAUUUGCUGAAGGGUGUCGAGGUUUAUAAAUUUGGGAAUUUGACUCAAAAGUUUCGGACUUAUUGCAUAAGAAACAUAAUUGGCGCUGAAUUAAUCAACGGGCGGUGGAAGGAGGACUCAACCCUCGAUAUGGCUGCAUUCUGUACUCUUUUCCCUACUUAAUGCAGCUGGAAUUCCAAAUAAUUGAGUUAGUUUACCACAAGCGGAUUUGAACCAAUUUGCUACUCGGGAAUGCUUUCAAUGUUUGCCAGAAUCUUUCUUCAAAGGACUUCAUAUUCAGCCAUAUUAACCAACAGCGCCAGCGCUUUUAGGUGUCUUAAAACUUUAACACCUUCCGUCGACCCGGAUAGCAAUCCAUUCAUCGGCAAAGGUAGUUGCAGCAGAAGUGUACCUAAUGAUGACUACUUUGCAACAAUUCAUCAUAUAUCUAACAUUGUUCGGCGAGAUAUUUACAUGGAGAGGACCCUCAAUAAGAUGCAUAUUUCUAGUAUUGUUAACUCUGAACUGGUGUACCGUAUCCUUCGCAGUUGCUGCCAACAUGGUAUUGAAUCAUUUCGCUUCUUUAAUUGGGCUCGGACUCAACACCCUCAGUAUGACCCAACUACUGUCGAGUUUGAAGAGCUUCUUAAGACCCUCGCCCGGACUGCCCACUGGGAAACAAUGUGGAAAGUAGUUCAGCAGAUGAAAGCCCAGAAUAUCCCUAUCUCACCCUCCAUAGUUUCAUUUAUUAUUGAACACUAUGGUAAGCGUGGUCUCAUUGAUCAGGCUGUCGAGCUCUUCAAUCGGCUCAAGAACUUCAAUUGUCCUCAUACCACCGAAGUAUACAAUGCUUUGCUUUUUGCUCUUUGCGAGGUCAAGAAUUUCCAAGGAGCCUAUGCAUUGAUUAGGAGGAUGAUACGAAAAGGUACUGUUCCGGAUAAGAAGACAUAUUCCAUUCUUGUAAAUGGCUGGUGUUCGGCAGGGAAGAUGAGAGAGGCACAAGAGUUUUUGGAGGAAAUGAGUCGAAAGGGAUUCAAUCCUCCGGUACGCGGGAGGGACCUUCUAAUUGAUGGGUUGCUUAAUGCUGGCUAUCUGGAAUCAGCUAAAGGACUGGUGAGGAAAAUGACAAAGGAGGGGUUCGUUCCAGAUGUUGGAACUUUCAAUUCGUUGGCAGAAGCUAUAUGUAAAACCGGGGAGAUAGACUUUUGCAUUGACCUUUUCAAUGAUGUUUGUAGAUUGGGGCUUUGUCCUGAUAUUGAGACAUAUAAAAUUGUUAUAACUGCAGCAUCAAAAGUAGGGAGGAUAGAUGAGGCAUUUCAGAUUCUUCAUAGGUCAAUUGAAGAUGGACAGCGGCCAUUUCCUAGUUUAUAUGCUCCAAUUCUAAAGGCUUUCUUCCGGAGAGGACAGUUCGAUGAUGCAUUUAGCUUUUUCAGUGAUAUGAAGUUGAAAGGGCAUCCACCGAAUCGACCACUUUAUACUAUGUUGAUAAAGAUGUGCACUCGUGGAGGUAGAUUUGUAGAGGCUGCUAACUAUUUAGUAGAAAUGACCGAGUUAAAUCUGUUGCCUAUGUCACGAAGCUUUGACAUGGUUACAGAUGGAUUGAAGACUUGUGGGAAGCAUGAUCUAGCCAAAAGGAUCGAGCAGUUGGAGAUAUCGAUUAAGGGCAUUUGAAUCGUUGUGUGGCUCUAGCUAAAGUGUUCUCUGUAUCACUGCAGAUCAGGAUGAUUAGAGUCUUAAAGUUGAAAAGGUGUACUGUCGAGGUGCCACAUUGUUCAACCAACCUUAACUCAUUUGUGGCGUUUCGCCUUGGAAAGAACCUAUUUGAACUUCUCUGGUCAUGACUUGAGUAAUUUAGAACGAAAUCACGAAAGAGCGUUUAACGGUGUGAAGAUCAUUGCAAAGGCAAUAGUUUGUUUUCUGUUGGUUCCAACUUAUAAAAGGCAAUUGUAGACUACUGGUGAAAAAUCACCAGAAAUGCUUUUGUUGAUUGUCCUCAAAUUAUUCCAGCUACUCUAGCUUGUAAGUUGAA